GCUUCAUCUGUUCGCCAUGCAGCAGGUGGCCGCCUCCACCGCUUUCAUCGGCUCUGCCCUGCCCCUGAGGAGGGCACCCUCCAACAGGGCAGGGAGGCUCCCUAGGGCGUCGCUGGUCUGCCGGGCGCAGAAGCAGGAUGGGCAGACUGGGGGGAAGCGCCUGGUGGCCAGCAGCGCUGCCACCCUGGACGCUCCGGUGGAGGAGGGCUACCAGAGUGUGUGGACCGCCUCCUACGACUUUGACAACGAGUCGCCGGAGCUGACCAAGAGCUGGAAGAAGACGAUGAAGGUGGCGGUGACCGGUGCGGCGGGCCAGAUUUCCAACCACCUGCUGUUCAUGCUGGCCUCCGGCGAGGUGUUUGGCCGCGACCAGCCCAUCCAGCUGCAGCUGCUGGGCUCAGAGCGGUCCCGCGAGGCGCUGGAGGGCGUGGCCAUGGAGCUGGAGGACAGCCUGUACCCGCUGUUGCGCGAGGUGCAGCUGGGCAUCGACCCGCGCCAGGUGUUCGAGGGCGCCGACUGGGCGCUGCUCAUCGGCGCCAAGCCGCGCGGCCCCGGCAUGGAGCGCAAGGACCUGCUGGACAUCAACGGCCAGAUCUUCGCCGAGCAGGGCAGGGCCCUGAAUGACGUGGCCAGCCGCGACUGCAAGAUGCUGGUGGUGGGCAACCCGUGCAACACCAACGCCCUCAUCGGCAUGGCCAACGCACCAGACCUGCCCAAGCGCAACUGGCACGCGCUCACCCGUCUGGACGAGAACCGCGCCAAGUGCCAGCUGGCGCUCAAGUCGGGCAAGUUCUACACCUCUGUCACCAACAUGACCAUCUGGGGCAACCACUCCACCACCCAGGUCCCCGACUUUGUCAACGCCAAGAUUGGCGGCAAGCGCGUGCCCGCAGUGGUCAAGGACGUGCAGUGGCUCAAGGAGGAGUUCACGCCCAAGGUGGCCAAUCGCGGCGGCGCGCUCAUAAAGAAGUGGGGCCGCUCGUCCGCCGCCUCCACUGCCGUGUCCAUCGCCGACCACCUGCGCUCCCUGUACACCCCCACCCCCCCCGGCGACUGCUUCUCCACCGGCGUCUACACCGAGGGCAACCCCUACGGCGUGGACGAGGACCUCAUCUUCUCCAUGCCAUGCCGUUCGGAUGGCGACGGAGAUUAUGAGAUCAUCGACGACUUUGUGAUUGACGACUGGCUGCAGGCCAAGAUCAAGGAGACGGAGGAGGAGCUGCUGAAGGAGCGUGACUGCGUGGGCCACCUCAUCCCCGGCGCCACUCGCGCGGUGUGCAUGAUCACCGAGGACACUAUGCUGCCCGGCGAGGCCUGAGCAGCCAGCGCCUCCCCGCCACAUGCAGUUGGAGGCUGGGCAGGCUGCGCUGCCGCCCCGCGCUCCGCGCCCACUUGGCAUGCCCAGUGUGGUGCCCAUCCAUCAGACCCUGUCAGUUUCCCACCCGACCUCUGCCCCACCCACCCACAUACGCACACCAGCCUGCUGGGUGCUGCCCCCAUGGCACGCCACCCCUGCAACGUCGCCUGCAGCCGCCCCAGGCGCAGCGCAGUGGGCAGCCUUGCUGCGCACCCCAAGGAAUGCACUUUACUUUUGUUGAAGCUAGAUCCAGCCCCAAUUUCAACCAAUCCACCGUUUUCCUUCCCUCUUCCGAAAAUUUUCCGGCUCCGAGCCGCCCAACCCAGGCCACCCCGCCUCUCUCGGUUUGUUGUUUGAUGGCUUCCGACGCCUACCCCUGCAAGUUUUAAUUCCCUCUUCUGUCGGGGAGACAUUUUAUGAUAAAUGUAUCGCUUCGCACCUGUAAUCUGUCAAUAGACU